AUGAGGCCCCCACGCCUUUCCCGCGCGCCCCCCGAACGCGCCCGCAAGAAACCGCUACGCACUGGCCCCGCCCCACAGGUCUCGCGAGGCCGGUCUCGGCGGCCCACCGGCAUCUCCCGGGGCGGGCUGGCCACGCCCCCAGGCGCUCACAGCCACGCCCCAGGCGCUCGAAGUCACGCCCCUGGCGCUCACAGCCACGCCCCAGGCGCUCGAAGUCACGCCCCAGGAGCUCACAGCCACGCCCCUGGCGCUCACAGCCACGCCCUGGCGCUCGAAGCCACGCCCCCAGGCGCUCGAAGCCCGCCCUCAUGCCCAACUCUGACAAAGCCUCUCAGCCGCGCAACCCGCCGCAGAGCUGUGCUAUUUCUGAGAGGCUGGUUACGCUCCCCGACGCGCUCGUCACCAGCUCGCGGUGAUGAGCCUGUUCACGGUUACCGGCCAGGAAGCCACGCCCCUCACCGCCCAGGCAGCCCGCCCUCUCCGAGGGAAACCUGUGGACGCGUUCCGGGAUGGCCACGCCUCCGGCCUGCAGAGUCCCCGCCCACACAGAAGUUAAAGAAGCACUACGCACCUAGCCACGCCCACUCCAGGUCACUGCCACGCCCCAGCCGCCGCCGAGCCCUGCGUCACCGAGGCGACGCUCACCCAAGCCCUACGCGCUCGGCCCCGCCCCUAGGGUCCUCCCGCGCCCGCGGCCGGGCUGGGGCACUAUUCGAGAGGUGGAGACGAUCGCCGCCCCUCUGCACGGCCCGCCCGCUCCACGGCCCGCCACGCCCCCGCGCCGGGGAGCCCGUCCAGCGUUCACCGCGGGGCACGCAGGUUGCCAGGCCCUCAGACUGCCGAGGCCCGCCUUUAACAGCCUCAGCUCCUCAGACGGGCUGGGUUAUUCCGGAAUCGGCAGGUCGCAUCUCGAAAGCCAACCCCCAACAGUUUGCCGGCCGGCCACGCCCCCGACGUCCCCUCCGCCUCCGCCCCUGCACGAUACAUAUUCAUAAGCCGCGGACGGUCCCCCUUCCCACGACCCUGGAGCCGGCCACUUCCAGCCCCGCCCCACAGGCCUGCCCCUCAGGCCCCGCCCCUCAGGCCCCGCCCUCAUGCAUUAUUCAUGAGUCUGGACCACGUGGACGCGCUAGCCCCACCCCUCAGUCUCUCACUCAGUGUUGCGCAAUCACCACCACCGGCCACUCCAGAACAUUCCUUCCCGGUAUAAACAAGCCUGGUCCCCAUCUGCAGUUUUUCCUGACCCUUCCCUGUCACUGGCGUCUCUGAUCUGCGUGUCCUCGUGGGCAUUUCGUAGUGCGGCCACACAUCCAGAGGCCUCUGAGGACCACACGGUAUUCUGGAGCCUGUAAUCAACAGCUGUUGCUUGCCCACCGUGGAUGCUCACUGCUCACCUGUGGACAGUUUUUAAUAGACUGUGAACUGCUGGGAUGUGUCAAACUCCUACACAGUGACUCUAAAAAAAAAAUCUUUUGCCCGGGGCGAGGGGCUGGGGGUGCAUGGCUUUAGUCCCAACAGAUUUCCAGAGGCAGAAGCAGGAGGAUCUCUGUGA